AUGACGAUCCUCUCAUUAGUUGUUAACGCAAAUUUGUGUUCAUUUGAAAUAACUAUUUGCAGGCUAGAAGGUAAAGUAGCCAUAAUUACCGGAGGUGCAAGUGGCAUAGGAAGAGCCACCGCGAAGAUAUUUGCACAAUAUGGAGCCAAAGUGAUAGCAGCCGAUAUCCAAGAUGAUCUCGGCCGCUCUCUUGAGGAGGAAGCUUUUUCAUCGAACCAACCGAUCUCGUUCAUACAUUGCGACGUGACCAAAGAAGAUGACGUCAAGAACCUAGUCGACAAGGUUAUCUCUAUGCAUGGAAAGCUCGACAUAAUGUAUAGCAAUGCAGGCAUACUAGGCGACCUUACCUACAACAUCCUAACCACAGAUGUUGAGGAACUAAAAAAUGUAUUCGAGGUCAACGUGUUUGGCGCAUUCUUCUGCGCCAAACACGCUGCACGGGUCAUGAUUCCCACUAGAAAGGGAAGCAUCAUAUUCACCGCAAGUUGUGUUUCGGAGGUGGUAGGUUUGGCGUCUCACAUAUAUACUUCAACCAAGCAUGCAUUGGUGGGACUGACGAAGAACCUAUGUGUGGAGUUGGGACAACACGGAAUUAGAGUGAAUUGCAUAUCGCCUUAUUCUGUCUCUACUGGGAUACUCAAAGGGGCUAACACUAGUGAAAAAAUAAGUUUCUGUAACGAUGAUUAG